UUGAAAUUCAUUCGAGUGGUUCAGACGUUCAUUCAUAAAAAACUUAGAAAUAACUUUCUUAAUCCGAUCAUUUCUCAUUAAAAGUUAAUCUAAGAAAUUGAUGUAAUAAUGUCAACGAAACAUUUGUCCAAAGGAUCGCGAAUGCCAAUGGGUAAUAAAGGAAAAUUGCGAUUAUUUACGAAUAGAUUUUGUCCUUAUUGUCAACGAGUUCAGUUGGUAUUGGAUGCAAAAAAAUUACAAUAUGACGUAAUUUACGUAAACAUGCACAAUAAACCCGAUUGGUUUUAUCAAAUAAGCCCUUUAGGAAAACUACCCGCUUUAGAACUUGAAAACGGAGACGUCCUCUAUGAGAGUCUAAUAAUUGUGGAUUAUCUCGACGAAAAGUACAUUCAACAUCCAUUACAUCAUAAAGAUCCAUUAAAGAAAGCCAAGGAUAAAAUCUUAAUCGAACAAUUUAGCAAAGUUGUGAAUACCAUGUAUAACAUGUUAAUGUUAACCACAACUAAUGAUGAUAAUGAAAGUGUAAUCUCUGAUGGUUUAGAAACUUUCGAAAAAGAAUUAAAUAACCGCCAAGGACCGUUUUAUGGUGGCAUGCACCCGGGAAUGUUAGACUAUAUGAUUUGGCCAUGGUGUGAACGAGCUGAACUAUUAAAACUGUUCAGUUCAUAUUUCAGAAGUGGAGUGUUAAAUAAAAAUAAGUACAAAAAAUUGAUGGAGUGGAAAAAUAGGAUGAACGAAGACACCGCUGUUAAAAAGACAUUCAUUGAUACAGAAACCCACAUUAAAUUCGUUCAAUCUCACCGAGCUGGUAUUCCCGAAUAUGAUUUAGUUAAUAUUAGCGUUUAAAACCAUUAUUUAUUUAAACUUAAUGGUGUUAAUGGCGCUUAUUAUGAAUAUUAUUAAUUUAAUUAAUAUGUGAAUAUAUAAUGUAGGUAAUAAUAAUUCAUUUUCAUUUAUUAUUAAUACGUUAUUGAGUGUAUUUAAGUAUAUUAGGGUGUAUGGUUACUUCUUAAUCAAGAAGAAUGUGAAAUAAUUGAUUUUUUUGUCAGUUUUGGUGCAUUUAUUAUUAUUUAUCUUUAUAACAAUUAUUUUUUGGUAUUA